AUGGUCGCGUUGGGCGACCAUUCCGAUGACUUAUUCGCCACGCUCGGCCACAGCUCAAUCCCGUCGAUGGGCGAGCGAAAGGAUUCCGCCGCCUCGGGUCCCCACAGCGCCACCUACACAAUGAUCGACCAUGCGCACAACAGCCAGCGUAGCAUUGAUGGAUCCGAUGGUGGGAGCCCGGAGAGCGCCCAGGUCGGUUCGAAUUCUCUCGAGGACAACAUGUCCGACGAAUUCGGGCUCUCCGCGGGCGCGCCCGGUGACGGUACUGACCUUGGAGGGAAGCUGAAGGAGAGCAAGUCCGAUCCCGCACCAGCCUGGAGCGAGCUGAAGACGAAGGCGGGGAAGGAGAGGAAACGAUUGCCUCUGGCGUGCAUCGCAUGUCGGAGGAAGAAGAUACGUUGUUCGGGAGAGAAACCGGCGUGCAAGCACUGCCUGCGGUCCCGGAUUCCCUGCGUUUAUAAGGUUACGACGCGGAAAGCCGCCCCGAGGACCGAUUACAUGGCCAUGUUAGAUAAGCGGCUGAAGAGGAUGGAGGACAGGAUUAUCAAGCUCGUGCCCAAGUCAGAGCAGGAUACGUCGGUCAAUACCGUCGUCCGUGGCAUCGUCAAGCCUGCCAUCCCCGGAACUCUCCCCACGGGAAAACAGACGACGAAGAAGCGAGGGGCCGAGGAGGCUUUCGGCGCCGAACUAGAUAGUUGGGCCCGGAGCGGCUCCAAGGUUAGGGUGGAGGCUCCGGGCAAACCAACAUCGUUGCAAGUGCAAGAAGCAGAAGAGAGCAAGCUGCUAUACGAAGGCGCCGAGGCUUUGCCGCCGAAAGAUCUUCAGGAGCACCUAGCGGACGUAUACUUCGAAAAUAUUUACGGUCAAGCCUACCAUCUCCUCCACAAACCAAGUUUUAUGAGGAAGCUGAAAGCUGGCACCUUACCCCCGGUAUUAAUUCUCUCCGUCUGCGCGGUUUCUGCCCGGUUCUCUACCCAUCCGAAGUUCUCCACGGCCAAUAAUUUUCUUCGGGGAGAGGAAUGGGCGGCCCCGGCUCGGGAGAUCGUGAUGAGACGCUACGAAUGGCCCAACAUCACGAUCCUGACCUGCCUGCUGCUUCUUGGCUUGCACGAAUUCGGCACGUGCCAUGGAGGACGGAGCUGGUCGCUAGGCGGUCAGGCUAUCCGCAUGGCGUUUGCGCUGCAAUUGCAUAAGGAUUUGGAGUACGACCCCAUGCGAGUCAACCCAACUAAGCAGCUUAGCUUCAUCGAUCGCGAGAUACGAAGACGUACGAUGUGGGCUUGUUUCCUUAUGGACCGUUUUAAUUCCUCGGGCACGGAUCGGCCUAUGUUCGUCAAGGAAGAAACCGUGAAGAUACAGCUGCCCAUCAAGGAGAAGCUUUUCCAGCUUGACAUGCCUGGCCCUACCGAAGAUCUACAGGGACAAAUCCCCCAUCCCGUGCCCCCUGAUGAAGGUCAACUCUCCAACGCCAAAGACAACAUGGGUGUAGCUGCCUACAUGGUACGCAGCAUCGCUCUAUGGGGGAGAAUUAUCAAUUUUCUGAACCAGGGAGGCAAGGACUUGGAUGAGCGCCCGAUGUGGGAAAGCGAUUCCGAGUAUUCCCGACUACUUAAGCAAGCUGAGGAUUUCGUCGAGAACCUGCCAGACGGCUUGAAAUACAGCGCAGAAAACCUCCACCUGCACCAAACCGAAGGGAUGGCUAAUCAGUUUCUGUUUCUACACAUAUCGAUACAACAGAACGUUCUCUUCAUGAAUAGAUUCGCUGUAUCAUCCCCGGGCGGUUUGCUGAACACCGACGUACCCAAGACUUUUAUCACGCAAGCGGGAGCGAAGGCAUUUGCUGCCGCUAACAGGAUAUCCGAGCUGCUCAAAGACGCGGAGCAUUACAUGAUCGGGGCGCCUUUCGUAGGGUACUGCGCCUUCCUGUCUAGUACCGUGCAUAUCUUUGGCAUCUUCUCCGGGAAUUCCGCCGUUGAGACUGCAGCCAAAAAGAACCUGGCGACAAAUGUCAAGUUUCUCUCGAAGAUGAAGCGCUACUGGGGAAUGUUCCAUUUUAUGGCAGAAAACCUCCGCGAGCAGUACAAGACGUGCGCAGACGCGGCGCGACAAGGGACGCCAGCCAACGAUAACUCGGCAGCGUCACCUAUCUUCCAAUACGGAGAUUGGUUUGACCGAUAUCCACACGGCGUAUCGCAAUCCGAAUUCGUCGAACCGGCCUCCUUCAAGAAGAAGGAAACGGGCGAGGAUGCGGUGCUCGAGCAGAAGCCCGAAUUACAUACAGUCGAAGAGUUUUUCACGCAGCUCUCACCCCCGCAGAGCGCGGGCGAGGGUCGCGAGAAUGCCGGGCCAAAUAGGCCAUCCCUGAUGAAGCGCAAGCCGACAGCGAAGAGGGGUAGCAUUUCGUCGCGUGGCGAGCAGCAGCAGCUCGAGCCCCUCCUCACCGAUAUAAACUGCGCUAGCAUACCCGAACAAAUCCAGCGCAUCCAGCAGGCGCACCAACAGCGAGCGCAGCGCAACUAUUCCCGCCUAGGCGGGCAAACCAGUGGGCCGACCUCCUUCCACCCCAAUCUAAUCGCACACGCACGCUCACAGAACGCAGCAGCGAACUACCACGCCCUGUCACCGGUCAGUCCUGUCUCCGUCGGUGGCUACCAACGCGGCCACGGACAUCAACACCCUGCCUUCUAUAACCCCGAAUUGCUUUCCCUGUCCCUUUCGAAUCACGCGGGGAUACUGCCGCAGCUCGAUCGGCAGCUCGUAUUCAACGCGUACGGGGGAAUGGAUCCGUCGACGAUUAGCGGGCCCGAGGCGCUCAUGGACUGGGACGCGCUAGCUGGGAAUGGGGCCGGGACAAACGGUGGCCACGGUGCGAACGGGUCGAAUGGUGCGUCGAGCGAGGACCAAGAGGGCUUACCUGCAGGGUUCGUCGCCGAGCCCUCGUCUGCGUGGUUCAUGCCGUUCAAUAUGGAACCGCCAGAGCUGGGAGAUUUGGGUGGUAUGGGCGGUAUAGACGGGUUCGGGAUGUUUAGUCCCGGCGGUAUGCAUACCGCGGGAGCCAGUCUCGGUUUGCGAAGAGGCGGCCGAUGA